CAGAAAAUAAAUACGUAUUGUCGUUGUAACCUAUAAUAAACUAAAGUUCAUUGUUUAUAGACGGAUUCAAUUUGAAAAUUGUCAAAAUGAAUCCAACGGAACCCACUAGUACAGAAACGCUAAGUUCUAAAAUGAAAGAUGUUAUUGAUGUGUUAGCUAUGCAACGAGAAAAAAGGAAUACUUUACAAAAAAGUAUUACAAUUGAUUACACUAAAAGUAGUGAUAAUUUUACUGUUUCACGAUUUAUAUUUGAAUGUGGUUUAAAACUAGAAGCACAUCCAUUGACUAUCGCUACAGCUGCAACAUUAUAUCACAGGUUUAUAAAAGAGGCAGCUCCAGGGGGUUAUGAUAAUUAUCUAAUUGCUGCAACUUGCCUUUACUUAGCAGGCAAAGUAAAAGAUGAUAAUUUAAAAAUAAGAGAUGUAAUGAAUGUAUCUUACAGUACAUUACAUAGAGGAUCUCAACCAUUAGAAUUAGGAGAUCAGUACUGGAGUAUGAGAGAUGCAAUUGUACAAGCAGAACUUUUGACUAUGCGUAUGCUGAAAUUUCAAGUAACUCCUAUACAUCCACAUAAGUACAUGUUACAUUACCUACGAUCUUUGCAAGCAUGGUUUGGAGAAGAGGAAUGGUCUAAAUAUCCAGUUGCAAAAACCAGUAUGGCUCUUUUGCAAGAUUUUCAUCAUUCCCCAGCUAUACUUGAUUAUCCACCAAAUUUAAUAGCAAUUGCUUGUAUCAAUUUGUCAUUACAAAUUUAUGGUGUUGUAGUACCAUUGAUGGAUGAAUGUGAUCAACAACCUUGGUUUAAUGUUUUCUGUAAGGACUUAACAAGAGAUAAACUUUGGGAAAUAAUGGAAAAAGUUAUGGCAGCGUACGACGAAGAACCAGAAACUAGAGAUAACUAAAAUAUUUUAGAGUUAUUUUUAAUGUAUAAAACAUUUGAACUCACUGUAUAUUUACACAGAUUUGGCAUUUAUCUCAUAAAGAAUAAUAUUACAAGAGUACAAAAAUAAAUCAGGAUAAUUAUUCAAACAUA